AUGCAACUGGGCCUGUCAGAAGCCCAGGCGAUGGAUGGCGAGUUCCCCGUGACCAUAUCGGAAUGGAGGGCAGCACAGGUUGCAGGCAAUGGUCUGGCCAGACUCCAGUCUCUUGUGGCCCAUCAAAGAGCGCACAAUGAGCAAUCGCGUGUGUGGAUAUCCCUUGCGACAGAUAAACAGAUUGCACAUCAGUGGCAUGCUCUAUCAUCGGACAACCUUCCGCUGUAUGGUGUCCCGUUCGCCGUCAAGGACAAUAUUGAUGCUGCAACAUUCCGCAGCACAGCUGCCUGUCCUUCCUUCAACCCAACGGCAGCUACCGAGGACGCGACCGUGGUAAAAAGGCUCAAGGCUGCUGGUGCUAUUCUCAUUGGAAAAACCAACCUGGAUCAAUUUGCCACUGGAUUGGUCGGCACUCGUUCUCCCUAUGGCGCUGUGCCCAACUCGUUUGAUCCCAGCUACGUCAGCGGUGGUUCAAGCUCUGGAAGCGCUGUCAGUGUAGCUCGCGCUGUGGUGCCGUUCAGCCUUGGCACUGAUACUGCUGGAUCGGGCCGUGUUCCAGCCGGAUUGAACAAUAUCUACGGACUCAAGCCAACACGCGGAGCUCUGAGCACUAAAGGCGUGGUCCCUGCCUGCCGUUCACUUGAUUGUGUCUCAAUAUUUGCACUCACUGUCGAUGAUGCAGAGACAAUUUUACACAUUGCGGAGGGCUUUGACGAAGAAGACGCGUAUUCGAGAGCACGGCCAUCUCAGCUGACAGCGAGCGGUCUCGGCGAGAAUUCCUGCGCAUCUCCUACAAAGACCCCAACUUUUGCCGUUUGUAACGACCCAGCGUGGUAUGGAGACGAUGAACAGGCCGAUGCCUACGCUUCGGCACUCAAACGAUGCACCGGCCUUGGCUGGAAACUGGUUCCCGUCAGUUUUGCUGAUCUAUUUGCCCUCGCCAAACUGCUAUACGAGGGCCCUUGGGUUGCAGAGCGCUUUGCGGCCAUCCAUGAGUUCAUUGAAUCAGGCAGUGAAAUGGAUCCGACAGUGCGCACCAUUGUGCUUGGUGCAAAGAAUUUCUCUGCUGUUGACACAUUUUUGGCGGAGUACAAACGCCAGGAACUCACACGGCAGGUUCAAAGUACCUUCAAGAACUUUGACGGCCUUCUUGUGCCCACUACUCCUCUGUUUCCAACCAUGGCAGCUCUCGUAAAGGAUCCCAUUGGCGAAAACUCAAAGCUGGGGACUUACACAAACUUCGUGAACUUUCUGGACUGGUCUGCAUUUUCAGUACCAGCUGGCUUUCGUGGAGAUGGAUUGCCUUUUGGUGUUACUCUCAUUGCGAAUUCAUGGCAAGAAACAGCUCUCCUUGCUUGGGCUCGCCAGUUGGUCUCCGGCACGAGCCACCGUCUCGGGUCAACCCAGCACUUGGCAGUGGCGAAUCCAGGACACGAGGCCAAUGCUCCAUUAGCAGACUCCCCUCGUCUUGAUAGAAUUAGAGUUGCUGUAGUGGGCGCACACUUGCGCGGCUUUCCACUGAACAAGGACCUGGUUUCCCGUGGCGCGGUCUUUGAGCAACUCACUUCAACCUCGUCCACGUAUCGCUUGUUUGCUCUGUCAAACUCUGAACCAAGAAAGCCAGGAUUACGUCAAGCACUCACGGGCGAGGUGGGCGAAAAGGUCGAAGUCGAGGUAUGGAGUCUGCCACGAGAGAACUUUGCUGGCUUCAUGGAGACCAUUCCUUUCCCCCUUGGUAUUGGAACUAUCCAACUGGCAGAUGGUACUUGGGUAAAAGGAUUUGUCUGCGAGUACUCUGCUCUGCAGAGCGCUUUGGAUAUUACUCAUUUUGGUGGUUGGAGAGCAUACAACAGGAGCAUUCAAGAUUCUAGUCCUCACAUUCUGCCGCCCAAAGCAACCGCCCGCCGGAUCAAGAGCGUGCUAAUAGCCAAUCGCGGCGAGAUAGCACUGCGCAUCCUCAAGACUCUUCGCCAGAUGGGCAUUAAAGCAGUCACCAUCUAUUCGGAUGCGGAUGCUGCAUGCCCUCAUGUCCGCGACGCUGAUGUUGCGCUACGCCUUGAGGGCACUUCAGUCAUAGACACCUACCUCAACGCUGACAAGAUCUUGCAGCUGGCAAAGAGCGAAAAGGUGGAUGCAAUCAUUCCUGGUUAUGGUUUCUUGAGCGAGAAUGCCGAUUUUGCUCGCAGGGUCGAGGAGCACGGCAUCGUGUGGGUUGGGCCGACGCCAGAUCAAAUGUCCGACUUGGGUUUGAAGCAUCGUGCCCGUGCAAUUGCUCAACAAGCUGGCGUUCCCACCGUUCCGGGUAGCCCAGAGUUGAUCGCCGAGCUAGAAAAGGCACUUUCUGAGGCUCAUCGUGUUGGCUUUCCCUUGAUGCUCAAGAGCACUGCCGGCGGUGGUGGCAUCGGACUGCGUCAAUGCAAUGACGUUGAAGAGCUGAGAGAAGCUUUUGAUGGUGUCAAGCGACUUGCCAGUGCAAAUUUUGCCGAUGACGGUGUCUUUUUGGAACGUUUCAUCCGAAACGCUCGCCAUGUCGAGGUUCAGAUUCUCGGAGACGGCACCGGUCGUGUUCUCGCAGCUGGCGAGCGAGACUGCUCCCUUCAGCGACGUCACCAGAAGGUGGUAGAAGAAUCACCUGCUUCAAUGAUACCAGCCGCAAUUCGCUCUCAAAUACGGCAAUCCGCAAUCAAACUCGCUUCAUCAGUGAAAUAUCGGAAUGUCGGUACUGUGGAGUUCAUCUAUGAUGUCGACUCACAGGAGUUCUUCUUCCUUGAAGUGAACACGCGUCUGCAGGUUGAGCACCCAGUGACUGAGUCAGUGACGGGCCUCGACCUUGUUCAGUGUAUGAUUAACAUUGCAGCUCAGGAUUUCGCAGCAUUGUUCCACCAGAAGCACAAUGAAGUGGAAUCAUCCGGCGCUUCAAUCGAGGUCAGAGUCUAUGCUGAAGAUCCAGUUCAGUCAUUCCAACCUUGCCACGGGCUCAUCACAAAUGUCAAGUUCCCCGAGUGGCUGCGGGUAGACACUUGGAUUGAGAAAGGGACUGAAGUUUCCACGUCAUAUGACCCCAUGCUGGCCAAGCUAAUCACCUUUGGUAAGGACCGCCAAGAAGCAUUGGAGAUCAUGGCUCGUGGACUUGCAGAGACCAGGAUUGACGGUGUUCAGAGCAACCUCAAAUACCUUCGCCAGAUCAUCAGCUCAGAAAUGUUUCGCACCGGUUCAUACACCACAACAAUCCUUGACACCUUUCAAUUUGUGACAGAUAGCUUGACAAUUCUCCAACCCGGUGGCAGCCUGGCGAUCCAAGAUUUCCCCGGUAGGGUAGGGUUUUGGGACAUUGGAGUGCCGCCUUCCGGUCCAAUGGAUGACCUCUCCUUCAGACUUGCCAAUCGACUAGUAUCCAACGAUGACCAUGCUGCCGCUUUCGAAUGCACACUCAGAGGUCCCUCGCUCAAAUUCCACUGCGACACCGUCAUCGCUGUGACGGGAGGUCAAUGCGAGGUCUUUAUUGACGAUCUUCCGGUCAAGAUGUAUCAAGCACUUUGCGUUAGUGCCGGACAACAUAUCCAUUGCAAGGAAAUCGAGACUGGAUACCGUAUCUAUAUCGCAGUCGCUGGUGGCAUUGAUGUUCCACUAGUGAUGGGAAGUCGGUCCACGUUUGAUCUCGCACAGCUGGGUGGCCACAAGGGACGGAAACUGGCAGCGGCUGAUGUGAUCCACCUGAACACCAAUGGGCACAAAAGCGAGUCUAGGACUUUGCAGUCGGCCGUCCCUCUACCAAUCCCAUCUCAGCCCAAUGCUAAGUGGACGAUAGGAGUCAUUCCUGGUCCACAUGGCGCCCCGGAUAUUUUCAAUCAAGAAGGGAUCGAUGCACUAUUUGACAAUGAAUGGGACGUUCAUUACAAUAGCAAUCGUCUAGGCAUUCGCCUCCAGGGUGUGCGGCCAAGCUGGGCGCGCCAGAAUGGCGGCUCAGCGGGUUUACAUCCUUCCAACAUACAUGACGCGCCUUAUUCCAUUGGAAGUGUCAGCUUCACUGGCGAUGAGGCCAUUGUGUUGACAGUCGAUGGCCCCAGUCUAGGAGGAUUUGCUGUUUUCUGCGUCGUUGCUGCUGCGGAAUUGUGGAAGUUGGGCCAAGUCCGACCUGGAGACAAGAUCAAGCUUCAACCAAUCAACCUCAAACGCGCUCAUGAGCUGGAAAUGUCUCUCUUGCAGUCACUAAACUCUUUUGAGUUCUCAGACCCAUUUUCGAAUCCCUCUGAGCAUGGCCAGCAAGCUGCUGAAUUCUACUCUACCAUGAUUGGAGAAGUUGAUGACAAUGGUACUAAAAUCGUCGCUAAACAAGCCGGCGAUCGUGGCAUAUUAUUGGAAUUCGGUCAAGAGAAUGAUGGAUUCGACAUUUGGCAAAGCGCUCGAAGUCUGACAUUGAUACAGCAGCAUCGUGUUGACCCUAUUCCCGAUGUCCGAGAAUUGACACCUGGUGUCCGAACCUUGCAUGUUACAUACACCUCUCAGGCUGACCCGGGCUUGAUCUUUCAACGCCUGGUCAAAUCCCUGACAUCUAGAGAGGUGCCGCUAAAAGUUCCGUCUCGCAUCGUUUCGUUGCCGCUUGCCUUUGACGACAGCGUUACCCGAGCAGCCCUCGACAGGUACAGUGCGACAAUUCGAUCGCAAGCUCCGUGGUUGCCCAGUAAUAUCAAAUUUUUGGAACAGCUGAAUGGCAUCGACGAUCUGCAAGAUGUCCUUCAGCAGUCUACCUUCCUCGUUCUCGGUCUUGGUGAUGUCUAUCUGGGCUCCCCGUGUGCAAUCCCACUAGAUCCUCGGCAGCGUUUGUUUGGCACAAAGUACAACCCUUCUCGGUCAUUCACACCUAGAGGCUCGGUAGGCAUCGGUGGACAGUACAUGUGCAUAUAUGCUAUGAAUUCACCGGGAGGUUAUCAGCUUGUGGGUCGAACAACAGAUAUCUGGAGUUCAACACCGGUUCAUGAAGGGAACAGAGGAGCGGGGACCGACACAAACAAUGCGUGGAUCUUCCAAAUAUUCGACCGGAUCACUUUCCACCCUGUUACAGAGUCCGACAUCGAUACAAAGUCAUCAUCUGAGCUCAUCAAGAUCUCUGAUGGUACGCUUGAUCUGGUGGCAUACAAAUCUUGGCUCGAAGAGAACAAGUCUGAGAUAGCAGAGUGGGAAGCAAAGCGUGCUGAACACCGGGACAACUCACCGUUCAUGGAAGAGCUGAUCAAACCAUAUGAUAGCGGACUCACACGGUCGCUUGACAAUGGAAGCAUGGAGAUUGUUGGAGACUCUGUUCGAGCACCUAUGCCAGGCCGAUGCUGGAGGAUAGCUGUUGUCGAGGGGCAAAAGGUCAAGAAGGGAGAGGCUCUGGUGUACUUGGAAUGUAGCAAGAUGGAGAUUGAGGUGUCCAGCCCUAUCGAGGGAGUUUGCGCUAGGGUGAGUGUCCAAGAAGGGCGCAUUGUGCAAGCGCAAGACGAGCUCCUGGUCAUUCAGCCUCUGUCAUGA